CAACUUCCAAUACCAUCAUCUCCAUCUUUGUGUACAUAGGAGGGUGCCCUGGACCUGCUGAAUGAACUGAAGAGCUUCAACAUGACGCUGAAACUUCUGCAGGAAACGAGGAUCGGCAUGUCUGUGAAUGGAAUCAGGAAGCACUGCACAGACGACGUGGUCGUUUCCCUGUCCAAGAUCCUCAUCAAGGACUGGAAGAGACUGCUGGGUUGGGCAGGCUCGAGACCUCCAGUGCGCCUUCACUGUCCGGUCUAUCCGCACGCACCAGCCCUUCGGUGGCAGCCCCCCGCACCAGGCUGUCUCUCCAUCUCCUCCCUACAGGUGCUCCCGCCUAUCCAGCGCUGCUAGAGUCUUCCUCCUGCCCAGCGCUGUCAGAGUCUUCCUCCUGCCCAGCGCUGUCAGAGUCUCCCAUCUGUCCUGAGCGGCCGGAGUCUCCCGUCUGUCUGUCCUGAGCGGCCGGAGUCUCCCGUCUGUCUGUCCUGAGCGGCCGGAGUCUCCCGUCUGUCUGUCCUGAGCGGCCGGAGUCUCCCAUCUGUCUGUCCUGAGCGGCCGGAGUCUCCCGUCUGUCUGUCCUGAGCGGCCGGAGUCUCCCGUCUGUCUGUCCUGAGCGGCCGGAGUCUCCCGUCUGUCUGUCCUGAGCGGCCGGAGUCUCCCGUCUGUCUGUCCUGAGCGGCCGGAGUCUCCCGUCUGUCUGUCCUGAGCGGCCGGAGUCUCCCGUCUGUCUGUCCUGAGCGGCCGGAGUCUCCCGUCUGUCUGUCCUGAGCGGCCAGAGUCUCCCGUCUGUCAGCCAGGAGCUGCCGGAGUCUCCCGUCUGUCAGCCAGGAGCUGCCAGGGCCGUCCGUCACGCCGGUGCUGCCGGAAUCGCCCUUCACUCCGGAACUGCCGGAAUCUCCCGUCCAUUCGGGACCCGGGGCUAGGGUCCCCAGUCCGAGAUUGGCAGCGAGGGUCGCCGUUCUUAAGAGGCCACGGGGGCGGAUAAGAGGCGGAGAAAAACUUUGGUGGAAUGGGGUCCACGUCCCGCGCCAGGGCCGCCACCCAGGACAGACGCCCACCCAGACCCUCCCCUAUUGGUUCAGGUCUGCACCUUUG